AAUCCACUUUAACGUGAAAAUAUUCAAUGGAACAAAUUGAUUUUUCGAUAUUGUAUUUACUAGGAAAUAUGUUGCAAGAAUUAUACAAACGUUAGUGUAGAAAGAAUUAUGAUUUUUAUUAUAGUUUUUAUGAAUUAACUGCUUUACUUUUUUUUUUACAAUGUAUAUAAGACUAUGUUACAUUAUUGCGUCUUUAUAAUAGUAACCCUCUUCAUCCCGUUACCAACAAAUCAACAUUUUAUUUGGCCACUAAGCAUGUGUAUUCUGGCAGAUUUAUGUAAUCACACUUGGAUACCGGAAUGCGGCCGCGAGAGGGGUGAGAACGGAACGCUCAGACUCUUCACUGACAAAUGUGAUAUGUUGGAGUUCUCUUGCGAUAAUGAUAAACACUAUGAGUUACUAAAUUAUUCAGAUUGUUUUACUGGACCGGUUUCUUGCCCAACCGCCCUACCAUGCCCAUCUAAUCCCACUUGUCCUAACCACCAAGAACAUAAAAUGGGUCAACGUAAUUUAGUCAGAAAUCAACCUAGAAGAAUGGUAAGUUUACCAAUAAAGUCAUCUACUUUGCCAAUGUAUAUGCUGAAAGGCAAAAGAAGGUAUACCCCGAUACUAAAAAAGAGGAAAAUAAAGAGUAUUAUGAAGAAGGAGAUUCAAAAGUAUACGUCAAUGAUAAGAAAGAGAGGGUUCGUAAAAAAGAAAAUGUUUGUUACAAGAAGCACGUUGAUUAUUACAAGCAAUAAGAAAACAAUUGUACUGAGAAAAGAAUCAGUUAUAAGGAAUGGAAAGAAAUUACUUAAAGUUAUUAAAGGUAUUUCAACAACAGCAGCGACUGAAAAACCAGUAAAUUAUGAUUCUGAAUUUUUAGUAAAAUAA